CAAUAAGCAUAUUAUUUUAAUUAAUUUUAUUCUAGUGUAUUAUUUAGGUUCUCUUUCAGAGUCUUUUUUAUCUCGCACUCUCAUUUUUUAUUUUUUUUUAGUUUCUGUUAGGUCUUAUCUAUUUUUACUUAUUUUUUUGAACAUGGGACUAUUUUUAUUGCUGAAACUUAGUAAAUCACAAAGGUUUUUAUUAAAAAAAUCCUUAGUUCAAUAAAACUCAUAGCUAUCUUAUCAGGAAUCGCGUUGAUAUCAAAACCUUUUAAUAACUUAUCGUGCUAUUUGUUGUUAAUUGAACUAAUGUAGUGAAAGUAAUUUUUUGCGUUGGAAAGAUGGGCAGUUCACAAAGCAGAUUUUCAGAAUUAACAGAAGAUAUUCUAGAUGAGUAUAUAAUGUUGACUUAUCUAAGUAAAUCUGAGAUUCUUCAUUUGUAUAAAACCUUUGGACAGCUUGAAGCCCAGGGACAACUUCGCGACUUGAAUUUUAGGUUUCCCCCUCAGGCCAUAGAAACCAUCUUUCCCCAAAUAAAGUAUAAUCCAUUUAGAGAUCGAAUAUACUCAGUAUUUUCUUCGCAAAAAGAUGGCAGGAUGUCAUUCGAAGAUGUGUUAGAUUUGUGUUCUGCAAUGUCUGAAAAAUGUCCUGACCGUGUCAAGGCAGAGUGGGCGUUUCAGAUCUACGACUUUGACGAGGAUGGCUAUGUUGGAGAGCAAGAUAUUUCUUGUGUUAUCGAUCGUCUGACAGGAGAUUGUGGGUAUUUGACAGAAGCGGAACACGAUCAAAUUAUUAAAACUCUGAUGAACGAGAUGGAUUUAGAGUCUUCUGGAAAAAUUUCAGUGCAAUCGUUCAGCCAUGCUGUCGGAAAGAUGUCUGAAUUUCCUCACUCGUUUAAUUUCCGUUUUUAGGUCAAAAAAACAAA